AUUGUAACAAAUAACAAACCCUUAAUCUACAUUCAAAGGCUCGGGAUUCAGCCGAGGAAGGGAAAGCAGCAAAAUGUCGUCGCUUUUGCAGUCACUUUUGGAUCCGAAAAAGAGCUGGUUGGCAUCCCUGCAUAUGAAAACCCUUACCAACCGCCUCAGCAAAUACGGCCUUCGUUACGACGAUCUGUACGAUCCUUACUACGAUUUGGAUAUCAAGGAAGCGUUGAACAGGCUGCCUCGUGAGAUCGUCGAUGCCCGUAACCAACGCCUUAAGCGUGCAAUUGACCUCUCCAUGAAGCACGAGUAUCUCCCUCAAGAUCUUCAGAAAAUGCAGACACCAUUUAGGAGCUAUCUUCAAGACAUGCUUGCUCUUGUGAAGAAGGAGAAUGCAGAGCGUGAAGCAUUGGGAGCAUUGCCUCUCUAUCAGCGAACCAUUCCUUGAGGGUUUUUGAGUCGUAUUUCGUAGUUACUGCAUGUUGAAUGGUAUUCCGAUAUCAGAACUGCACCAUGAAUUUCACCUUUUCCUAAUUUUGGCUGGUUAAACAUUCAUCUGUGCCAGUUUUUGAAUUGAAUUGUUGAUUGAGCUUAGUCUGUUGCCAACUUCCCAAUAAGAUACAGAACUGUGAACCGCAUUUACGCAUUUGAAUGCAAGCAAAGAAAUUCUAGAAUAAAAGAACCUUGUUAUCAAGAA